AUGAUUAAAAUAAGAAAACACUCUGAAUAUGCUACUUUUCAAUAUGGAAUUGUUACAUGUAUGAUAGGAUUGAUUAAUUAUAUGACUAAAAUUAAAGGGAUUGUUAAUAUUAUAAAUCUUGUUACGAUCAGUUUAUUUUUAUAUUUUUACAUCCCAGAAUUUUUAAUCAAUUAUUUAAUUUACUAUUUUUAA